GCAAAGCAAACCGAAGCCGGUUCCAUACCCAGCUUCUCCUCCGCCUCCUCUUCCGGUUCUCGUCCUCAGUCCGAAUAAAGUCUCAUCCUCUUCCUCUUCGCUUCAAUCUUCGCAGCAGCCAAGCGCGCGCGCGCGAUCUCGGUUCUUGCAGAGUAGCGCUCAAGUGUAGUUGUGUAGAGUGCUGAAGGAUUCGGUUGGAUUCCUCUUGCCUGUUCAGUUUCUUGGGGAUUCUUUAUUUGUCAGGAGCGAUUUGGUGCGCGGAUUGUUGUGGGGUGAUUGGAGAGAGAAGGGCUGUGUGGAGAUGGGAGGAGCCAUGGGCGGGCAGAGGGUGGAGGAGGGGUGGCCGCCGUCCAACCUCCAGUGCUUCUUGGACUGCACCACCCCCACCGUGGAGACGCACAUUCUCCCCAAGACGAAUGGAAGAUUGUCGACCGACACUUGGCACCACGCUGAGAUGGACAACGCUGAGUACUUCAAUCUUGCAGACCUCUGGGAGCAAUACUACGAGUGGAGCGCGUACGGUGCUGGAGCUACGGUGCAGCUCCCUCGAGGGGAGAAAGUAGUCCAGUACUAUGUUCCAUACUUAUCAGGGAUACAGCUGUACACCAACAAAGUCCUGACUGCAUCUAGGAGUUUUGGUGAAGAUAAUGGCAUGGAUUUCUGGAGUGAUGAUGAGGACAAUGAGAAGAUGUCGAGAUCCUGGAGUUCGACGUCCGACGAAUCAUUGUUUAACUGUGAUGUGUUAGGGGGCAAUAGGAGGCGCCCUGGGCACUUGUACUUUGAGUUCUUUGAAGUUGGAUCUCCUUAUGGAAGGGUCCCACUCAUGGACAAGGUAUAUGAACUAUCCCAGGGCUUUCCUGGGUUGACAUCACUGAAGAGUUCCGACCUUUCGCCUGCUAGUUGGAUGUCAGUUGCCUGGUAUCCUAUCUACCACAUUCCUUACCAGCGCAACGUGAAGGACUUGUCUGCAUGCUUCCUAACUUACCAUACCAUUUCCUCCGCAUUUCUAGAUCAUGCGCUUGAGACCAUGGCCAAUGGUUGUUGCCAUCCAGUUGCCAACGGGAAACAAAAUGACCAUAUGGAUAAAAAGAGCAGCACAGUAUCACUCCCUCCAUUUGGCCUUGCAGCACACAAGAUACAAGGUUCUCUCUGGACCAACCCAUGGACAGGAGAUCACAAAAGAAUGGACUCCCUCUUUGGUGCGGCAGACUCCUGGCUUAAGCAGCUUGGAGUCCAGCACCAUGACUUCAACUUCUUCAUCACUCACCCCAUGUGAACCACUGAUCUGGAGUAGCUUGCAAACAACCACAUGGGUUGCAGACUUGAAGCUACUAAAUUUACUUACACCAACGACAAGGGUAGCAAAACGUUUACCGUACAGUACCCCGGUAAAAGUGAGUCUGACAUUCGCAGGAUAGAUUUGUACUGCUUGAGUUUAAUGCAGCGAAUACCAAACAUGUCAGGACUUGAAAGGUUUUCCGUUUCUUGGCUGAAAAUGUAACUGAUUUUGUACAGAAGUUUUGCAACUAAUUUGGUAUCCGAUGGUUGGAUCCAUACUGUAGUUCUUGCCUUGUGUAUUUCUAGUGCCCGAGAGAAUGCUAAUCCAGGACGAAACUGCUUAUGCAGACUCCAGUUGGACAUGAAUCA